AUGCCUCUGCGUGGCUCAUCUCAGGGGGAAGAUUCUCAGGGGAGGGGAGGAGCACUGACCCCUCCCGUCUGGUUGCUUCCCAGGCAUAGCUCCGUGAAGGCUGAUGAAGCUGCCGGCACAGCCCCCUUCCACCUUGACCUCUGGUUCUACUUCACCCUGCAGAACUGGAUUCUGGACUUCGGCCGCCCCAUUGCCAUGCUGGUGUUCCCUCUGGAAUGGUUUCCGCUCAACAAGCCCAGCGUGGGGGACUACUUCCACAUGGCCUACAACAUCAUCACGCCCUUCCUCCUGCUCAAGCUCAUAGAGCGGUCCCCCCGCACCCUGCCGCGCUCCAUGAUCUACGUCAGCAUCAUCACCUUCGUCAUGGGUGCCAGCAUCCACCUAGUGGGCGACUCCGUGAACCACCGCUUGCUCUUCAGCGGUUACCAGCACCACCUGUCUGUCCGUGAGAACCCCAUCAUCAAGAAUCUCAAGCCGGAGACCCUGAUCGACUCCUUUGAGCUGCUCUACUACUACGACGAGUACCUGGGCCACUCCAUGUGGUACGUCCCCUUCUUCCUCAUCCUCUUCAUGUACUUCAGUGGUUGUUUCACCCCCACCAAGGCCCGCAGCUCAGCGCCAGGGGUGGCCCUGCUGCUGGUGGUGCCCAGUGGCCUGUACUAUUGGUACCUGGUCACCGAGGGCCAGAUCUUCAUCCUCUUCAUCUUCACCUUCUUCGCCAUGCUGGCCCUCGUCCUGCACCAGAAGCGGAAGCGCCUCUUCCCGGACAGCAAUGGCCUCUUCCUCCUGUACUCCUUUGCGCUCACUCUCCUGCUCGUGGCACUGUGGGUCGCCUGGCUGUGGAAUGACCCUGUCCUCAGGAAGAAGUACCCGGGUGUCAUCUACGUCCCCGAGCCCUGGGCCUUCUACACCCUCCACGUCAGCAGCCGACACUGAGUCCCUGGCACCGGUCGCUGGCACUCUGCCUGGCAGGGGAUGGGCCGCAGCGAGUGACUGAGUGUGGGGGCAGGGAGGGGUGCCUGCACGCGUGCACAUGGAUGGGGUGGGUGUUGGGUGCACGGUGCGUGCGGAGCGCGUCAUUGUGCUACUUGAUUGUUCAGACCCACUUUCUCUUUGGCUUCGAUCUGUUCAGGAUGGGACGCAGUUGUAGGCAGUGUGUCUAGGCCGAGGUCAGGGCCCUGCCUCCUGCGCGCCCGACUGGACUCUCCCUGGGUUGUCUUCUGGUCGCCAUCCUGGAGAGGCCUGGUGGGCAGGGCAGUGGCAGGGAGGGAACCGGGCACAUCACCUGCAGCCUGGCUCACCCCUCAGACCUGCCCUGACCCCUAAGGUCGUUUGCAAAGGUUCUACGAGGUCACUUUCCAGGUGUUGUUGAAAAAGCACAUCUGUCCUCAGCCUUGCGGGCACUGGCCAGAAGCGUGGGCCCCAAGUGUGUCGGUGGCUGGCUGCAGGCCCCUCGUGGGGCAGCCUUGGCACUGCCUAGGAAGGGUACGGGCACCGCAGACCUCACUCAACCUCACGUCGCACGGAGUGUUGAGCGCCCCUACCCUGGACCCUGGAGAGCCGGAGGCCAGCCCUCUUGCCUACCCACAGCCUGAUCCUGGGGUCUCUGCAGCCAUUUCCCUCUGCCAGAGGCUGAGCCCUGCUCCCCAGCAGAACGCUAGCGCCCCUUCCUGUCAGCCUGACCAGGGCAUUUGAACUGCAGCCUGAGGCUGUUCUCAGACACUUGCAAUAUCGCCUGCGCCCCAUUAGGGGCACUUGGGAGGUGCUGGGGGAGCUAGAGCUCUUGUCUCAGCCUGCCUGGGUCUCUUGCCUUCUGCUGGUGGCCCUGCUCCCAGAAAAGGGAGUCUUGGUCCCCCGCAGGAAGCCCCAUCCCCAGCAGGAAGCCCCCCGGGCCCACCUUCCCCCAGGCACUGGGGCCAGGUCUGCCCACGCCGCCCGCAGCCCCAUUUCGCAGCCACACAGGCUCGGUGAGAGGUGAGCAUGUGAGUCUCUUCCCAGGCCCUGCCUCCCGCCUGUGUUCUCAGGGAGCCCUGUGCCUCAGAUUGGCCUUUCAGGUUGGGGUCCCUCUUCAGCCCUCUCAGAGGUCCCCCAGUCCCUGGUCAGAUGGGUAGAGAGAGGGAUUAACAGAGGCCAGUGUGGAGCCAAGCCCAGUGGGUGGGAAUUUGGGAGGCAGGAGGGAGUCCCCGAGAGCAGGGGAGGGGUGGCCGGCCUGAGGCCUGUCUGGCUCCGGAGCAGGCACUGCCACUGGCCUUCCGUGUCACGAAGUGGGAUCCUGGGGGCAAGAAGGGCCUCCUCUCAGUCAGUCCUGCUCUCCAGAGGAGUCUGGGGGCUCCGGGGGGUGGGGCACCAGGGUAGGGCAUCUCUAGGCCUGCCUCCCAGUUGUGUUCCAGAGGCUGAAACAGACAGGGUGCCCUUUGGGGGAAGGUGGGGAAUCUGGCUUGUUAGAGGUUGGCACUGAGCCUUGGGCAGGCCACGUACUCCCUCGGGGUCUCACACCACACAGCCACCAGGGGCUGGCUGGGGCCACUGUUAGCAGACGACCCAGGAAGGCCACACUGGAUGGGAGAUGCUCACACCAUCGUAGGCAGUGGCCCCCUCCUACCCAGCAACCCCCAUUGACUCCUUCCUUGUCUUGAGAAUGCUGCUCCUUCCAGCCCUGUCUCUGGCCUGGUCAUGUGGGGUCUGAAGGGUAUACAAUUUGGGGAGCCCUCGAUUUUAAAAAAAAGUGAAUUAAAAAAUUAAGUGUGAGUGUGAAUGUUCAGAAUGGAAAAAAAGUCACAGCAAAUUAUAAGAGUCUUGGAAA